CAACAGAUUUAGCACGAUGGCAAUUGGAGAUGGGUGGAUUUCGGUUUGCUACAAUCAAUUCACUUAUGGGAAACGGAUAUUGUAGCUACACAGAGUUGAAGAUCGUAAAGUAAGGCAGGGAAGCCUCGAAGAAGAGGGCUCCGGGUGAGCUUUCUUGCAUUCUCUUUUUUGUUUUCUGUGGAGCAAAUCUAUUAACGCUGAAUCUCUUCCCUCAGGUAUUUAUAUCUUUGUGUUCUGAUAUGGAGACUAUUAUGGUUUUGAUUUUUGUUUUCAUUCUAAUUCAUUGCACGCAAUGAGGACCGGCGAUGCCAGCAAAAAAGAUGAGAAGGCUUCAUAUUGCCCCUCGACUCGAGGACCUGCCUGAUCUCUCAGUCUCUUUGAUACAGGGAGAUGGCAACAUGUUAAUUGUCAAAGAGGUGUUCAUCGAAUUCCAGCGAAAAGGCGGUUAGACCAGGGCAGAUGACUGCAAUUGGUUAGUUGUUUGUUCUAUGCCUGAUGAAUCGCUUGAAUCUCGAAGCUUCCUUACUACACAAAUUGACCGGGACAUGCGGUCUUUGUGUUGGUGAUUUUAUUUCAGCUGCCGAUUCUUGCUCUCUUCCUUUCAGUUCAUUGGGUAUUAUUUCUCCUCUAUAAGGUAUGUUGGUUAGCUGCAGGUCUUUGACGUUGGCAAGUCUUGAUGGUAGAGCAGUGAAUGGAAGAUAUAUGUGUUUAAGUCUGGUGAAUAAAAGGGAGAUUAGACGAGCUCAAGUUUGACGAAGUGGCUGUUUUGAAGAGGUGUAGAGGGUGAGACAUGUUAUUAUCCCAAUUUCCUUUGGUUGAAGAGGUGAAUGGUGACACUGAGAAACACUUAGAUUGUUCCUCUACCCUGUUUUCCGUCCCAAUGUUUACUUUUAGAGAUAAACAUUUGUUUUGCAUUUGAGAUCGAUCCUGGGUUGCAGAGUUGAAAAUAGGUGUAAUCUCUGGAAGACUGGAACUUUCGUGAACUGAACUGGCACCAACCCUGUAAAUCACUUCUACUAUAUCUUAUAGCUUUGAAACCUUGGUUUUUGUUUAUGCUUUCAAUCAUUUUCCCCCUCAUUUGCUCAACCAUGCUUUCGUUGUUGGUCAUCAAUUUGGCCCCAUUUUCUUUAAUCAAGGGCGAUAUUUUGUGAU